AUGGCGGAGUUCAAGGAGGAGGACGUCAAUCUGGGGGCGAACAGGUACAGGGAGCGCCAGCCCCUGGGCACCGCCGCACAGACGGACAAGGACUACAAAGAGGCGCCGGCGGCGCCGCUGUUCGAGCCCGGCGAGCUGAAAUCGUGGUCGUUCUACCGGGCGGGAAUCGCCGAGUUCGUGGCCACCUUCCUGUUCCUUUACAUCACCAUACUGACGGUGAUGGGCGUCGGCCGGUCGAGCAGCAAGUGCGCCUCCGUCGGGGUUCAGGGCAUCGCCUGGGCCUUCGGCGGCAUGAUUUUCGCCCUCGUGUAUUGUACUGCCGGUAUCUCAGGAGGACACAUCAACCCAGCUGUAACCUUUGGUUUAUUCCUGGCAAGAAAGCUUUCUUUAACAAGGGCUGUGUUCUACAUAGUGAUGCAAUGCCUCGGUGCCAUCUGUGGGGCUGGUGUGGUCAAGGGCUACAUGGAAGGGCCUUACCAGAGACUACAGGGUGGGGCCAACAUUGUUAACCAUGGUUACACCAAAGGCUCGGGUCUCGGUGCUGAGAUAAUCGGGACUUUUGUUCUUGUCUACACUGUCUUCUCGGCUACUGAUGCCAAGAGAAAUGCUCGAGACUCGCAUGUCCCUAUUUUGGCUCCUCUUCCCAUUGGAUUUGCGGUCUUUCUUGUUCACUUAGCGACCAUCCCCAUUACCGGGACAGGAAUUAAUCCAGCUCGGAGCCUUGGUGCCGCCAUUAUUUACAACCGAGACCACGCAUGGGAUGACCAUUGGGUGUUCUGGGUUGGGCCCUUCAUUGGAGCUGCUCUUGCUGCAAUUUAUCACCAGAUUGUGAUCAGAGCCAUUCCAUUCAAGAGCAGGACUUGA